AUGGAGGCUCAAGCCGAAGAAAAGGAGGAAGCCUCGAGCGCGCAGUCGCAACCUGCAAUGGAGGCUGCAGUCGAAGAAAAGAAGCCCGCUUCUCCCCGAGAGAUGGUCGACCGGCUCUUUGCAGAUAUGGGCCCUGAGGACGUCACCAAGUACCCUUUCCCGAAGGAGACUUACCCCACCGAGCCAUGCACUCUCCAGGCGCUGCCACUGGAAGUCCUCAAGCAUGGGCAUGGUCCGAAGCUCUCAGAAAAUCUCGAGGUCGGUGUUAUUGGCACGAUCGCGAACACCCAGUCAGUCACACUGUUGGUCUGGUUCAGGACGAUGACUGGUCACUCAACUCAGGGGGUCCUGAAGCUCUACGAUCGUCGGUUCGGCUCAAGUCUCCGCAGCCUCGACUACUUGGGAACCUUCGAGCACAACACGAAGGCUGAGGAAGAUUUCCAAUCCUUUGUCCUGCGGGACCAGAUCAAGCCAUUUCUCCAAGAAGUCCACCAACGCGAGGAAGAUGAGGUUGACCUAGACCCUGACUACAGAAUGCACAACUGGGACUGGCUUGGGGAGGACAAGGGGCCGGACUGCUACGCCAAGUACGAGGCAAUGAUCUGGAGAACCACCCGCAGGUAUUUCGAUCGUGAGGUCGAGGCCUAUGAGCAACUGGAGCCCAUGCAGGGCCGGGCAAUUCCGGUCAUGUACGCCCAUGUACGUGUCGCCAUGCCGGACACCUACGAUCCGGUCCAAGUACAAAUGGCCCCUUACAAUGAGGUUCGGGGCAUCCUACUUCAGUGGGUUGGAAAGUAUACCCUGGAAACUAUUCAUAAAUCGAAAGCGCGAAGGCCUCGCACAACCGAGCAAUGGCAGUCACUCGUUCAAUCUGCUAUGGACAACGCACUCGAGAUCAACAAACGUGGGAUCCACAUCAAGUCAACCCUUAAUGCCCGCAAUGUUGUGAUUUCGAAAGCCACUGGUCAGCCUUUCAUCAUCGACUUUGGCCGGGCCUGCAGUGACCGGGAAGCUCGGGAGCAGAUGCGACUGCUACAGCAGACUGAUAAUUGCAUACCUGGCAAGUCCAGCACCAUGAUCGAUAACAAUACUUCUGAUGCCGAGCAUGAAGCCCAGAAGGAGAAGACUGCCGAAGAGGGGAAGGCAGUUGAUGAGAAACAGUGGGAUGUCCCAGACACCUGGGACGAUCUUGUCGCUGAAAAGGAUCCCGAGGUCAAGUGGUGGAAAACCGUUCUCUACUAUGGUGAUCCAAAUUCCCUGGCCGAAGAAGUGUCAGGUGAUUUCAAACACAACGGAGGCGUAGAGCCGAAAUUCAAGCCCCUUAACCUCGACGCUUUCAUCAUCGAACUCAUGAAGGAAAAGGCUCAGCGAGGCGGCUGGCACUGGAUCGGAUCGGACUCGCUCGUGUGGGACCUCACCGAUUCGCCCGUACAACAAGCAGAGCCAGCCUCUCCUUGUGAGAUGGUCCGUCGCUUUGAGGCAGACAUUGACUGGAAAGACUACACCCCAAUUCCGUAUGGGGAGAACAGGCCUCUACGGGUGGAAAUCCUGAAGGACUGCCACGACCCACCACUCGUGAAGUUGCACCGGUUCAACAUCCUUCGGGUCCUCGACAUGACCCUCUCUUGCGCAAUGCACGUCACCUUCGUGACCGAGAAGGGCGACAGGAUGGUGGCUGUUCUGAAGCUCUACGAUCGUCGCUUUGGCACAGAGCUUCGGGAUAUUCUGCGCGUAUCCGAUGUUCCGUAUCGUCACACCACUGAAGCCGAAGAAGCCUUUCAGGACUUCGUUCUGGCCGACAAGGUCGACCCUUUCUUUUGCGAACUAGACAAGAGACAGGAGGCCUCUCUUCUUGAAACCUCGGCCCGUGAAAUUCUAUACGAGAAUGAAGGUCCAGAUCAGUUUGCCAAGUAUGAGGCAAUGGUCUGGCGGGAGUGCCAGAAGUACUUCGAUGUCGAGACUGACAUUUAUGAUCGACUCAAGCCUUUGCAGGGCAAGUCGAUCCCGCAAAUGUAUGCGCACGUUCGGCUCGAACUUCCUGACACCUACGACCCCGUCCAGACGCAGCUGGCUCCCUACAAAGAAGUUCGAGGCAUUCUCAUACAGUACAUCAACGGUUUCAACCUCACCGACCUGUACACUUCGCGUCGGGCGCCUCGCCAGUUGGACGAGUGGCGGACGAUUCCACGCAACGUCAUCGUGGACGGGAAGACAAACCAGCCUUUCUUUAUUGACUUCGCCUUUUGCUCCACCGAUGACGAGAUGAAGGAAGAGAUGCGGCAGUUGCGUGAAUCCGGGAGCCGGCCUAGCGACGAGGAGGAGGAUAGCAGUAAAGAAGAGCAGGACAGCCACAACGACUUUCAUUGCCCCGAGGAGCGCGACCCGGAGCUCCAAUGGUGGGUUAGCCUUGGGCCUUUUGAGAACUCCAAUGCAAUUGGCUGCAUCAUGAAGGGAAAGCUGCGUACUACCCGACAACUCAAUCUAGGCCUCAAGUUCCCCGACGGCAAGAAGUUCAUGAGCGAGCUCAGGGAGCGUAAGGCUCAGUUGGAUGAGUGGAAGUGGUUUGGGUUCCCGUAA